AUGAAGACAAUUUCCGAGAGGGGUUUUCCACAAGAUGACUAUGACGACUUUGAUGAUACACCUGAAGAAAAUACUGAGAAGACUUGUCUACAUCCAUGUGUUUUUAGAGGAAAGUGUGUGAGCUGUGAGACGAUAGCAUUGAAGUACGUUCAUCAGGGUAUGUGGCUGUGGCUUAACAAAGAUGAAAUGGAUCGGAUUCGGAAGAUAGAGUCAGAGAAAUUGUUAGAAGAUAAGAAGAUGGUUUUGGUUCUUGAUCUAGAUCAAACUCUGAUUCAUUCAACAAGACAAGAAAAAUAUCUGAGAACCCCUCAAGAACUCUUGCAACAUGAGUUAAGGGAUAGCCUAUUCCGUCUGAGUCGACCUUGGGAAAAGAUGAUGCUCAAGUUGAGACCUUCCGUUCACACUUUUCUGAAAGAAGCAAGUACCAUAUUUGAGAUUUAUAUGUGCACAACAGGUACACGAAGUUAUGCGUUGAAAGCGACUGAGUUUCUUGACCCUGAAAAUGUUUACUUCAUGUCAUCAAGAAUCAUUGCACGUGAAGAUUUACUUGAAAUUAACGAAAAGAGUCUUGAUCUUGUGUUAAAGGAGGAACGCAUGGUUCUUAUUCUUGAUGAUACCGUGAGUGUGUGGAGUAACCAUGAAUCAAACUUGAUUCCUGUUAAGAAAUAUCGUUACUUUGAUUCAGAUCAUGAUUUGAGCGUUGUAUCUCUUUCUGCAUUGGGCACUGAUGAAGGCGAGACCACGGGUGCGCUCACCACCGUUCUUCAACAGCUUAAACUAAUACACAGACUGUUUUUCAACCCAAAAUUUGAAGGUGGUCUUCAGGAUAGAGAUGUUAGAGACAUACUUAAUCGCCGUAGGGUUCUCCAAGGGUGUACAUUAUCCUUCAAACAUAUUUUCCCUUCUGAUUUUAGGCCCGAAAAUUCGCGUCUCUGGCUGAUGGCAGAGGAGUUAGGGGCCAAAAUUUCUAUGGAUAAUUUGAUAAACCCCAUCACACAUGUGGUCACUUGGUUUGCCACAGCGGAGGAGUUUGAGGAGGCAGAGAUGGAAGAAAUUAUUUUGGUCCAUCCAAAGUGGUUACGUGCAUGCUACAAAGCAUUAGAAAGGGUAUCUGAAAAAGAGUAUCUGAUUAAGCCGAAAGAUUAG